CAAGACCCGCCGUCGCCGACCGCUCGGAAACCUCGGCCGCCGGACAGCACAACUCGGUGAAAAAUCUCCGAGAGAAGUUCCAGAAGCUCAACUCCUGAAGCCACUCCGGCGGGAAAUGAGAAUUCAGAUGCAAAUCUUUUGGCUGACGAGUACACAACGAACCCCGACCGGCAACGCGACGACGCUCAACUAGGAGGCGUGGCUCACGCACCAGUAGUCUCCAUCUAAACGACCACCAAUUGCGAGAGCGUGCUCGUGCAUGAACAAUUCGGCGCACGCGUGACAUCCAUCCGUCAAUCUGUUGGAUAAAUGCUUCCGUGGCUUGAAUGGAAUGCCCCGACGUCACGGUGAUGUCACGUGGCCCAACAACAGGCCAUUUGAACGUCGGCCAACGGUGCCCCGUCACCAAGGCGACAGCAAACAACCACUUGAACGCCAUCUACGCAACUCAACUGUAUUUCUCGAGCACUUUCAAACAGCCAUCGCUGCACACAAAGUGCUGCACAUAGCGCCAGGACUUUUAUUUUCUCGUGCAAAGGAGUAUUUUUGUACUGAUAAGAUUCGCCCCACAUUCUGUGAAAUAUCCAAAGGUCAUAACCACGUGAGGUCAACACCAUGUUGUUAUUUAUGUUAACGGUACAGCACGAAAUAUUUAUUUGACGAAUAAAACUCCGUACCGCGUCCAAAAGUGUGUGAAAGGUCGCUAGAAUGACGCCACCGCACCUCGUCCUCCGCUCGUUUGUCAAAAUAAAGGUCACGUGAGCGUUUGGCGAGCGCGUCGGUGAACAAGCGCGCGUCCUGCGGCAGGUUGAAGAUGCGCCGGAAAACAAAGAGCCUUCAAAAUAAAAGCUUCUCCGUCGCUCAAAUCCGUCACACGGGAAAGCAGGAAGUGCCCGUUGAUUUCACAGCUGGUUUCUUUGCGGUUAGCGUGCACCGACGUCGUUUUGGACACGCGGCGUCCGUCAACUCGAGGCGAUUUGGCUUUCCGCGCACGAUUGUGAAGGCCGCCGGGUGUGCGUUUCCUGCGUGCGGCUUCCACGCUGCGACUUGACGCGGCGGCACGGGCGGCGUCUGCUCCGGUUCUGGUUCCGCUGCCGGUCCCGGUCUUACGCGGAUGCCUCGGGGGCCGUCGUCAUUCUCGUCAUCGGCACCGGCGACUUCCCGCCCGACGCCUUCGCGCCGCCGUCCCGCUCGAGGAGACGAAGGUCCUCGCUCAGCAUCCCGUCGAUCCGAGAAUGCGAUGCGCCUGACAAGAUGAGCGUGACGUCGUGGUUCUUAGUGAGCGGCUCCGGGGCGCGCCACCGCCUUCCCAAGGAGAUGAUCUUUGUGGGGCGGGAGGACUGCGAGCUCAUGCUGCAGUCUCGCAGCGUGGACAAGCAGCACGCCGUGAUCAACUACAACGCCGCCACGGACCAGCACCUGGUCAAGGACCUGGGCAGCUUGAACGGGACGUUUGUCAACGACCUGAGGAUCCCCGACCAGACCUACAUGACGCUGAAAGUGUCCGACAUCCUCCGCUUCGGAUACGAUUCCCACGUCUACGUUCUGGAGAAGAGUCAACACCAAGUCCCCGAAGAGGCUCUGAAGCACGAGAAGUACACCAGCCAACUGCAGAUUAGCCUGAAGGCGUCACGGGGCGAGAAGGCGGAGCUCGAGAAGAACGCCGCCAGCAAGGGCUUGACGCAAGAGCUUCCGGCCCCGCGGCCCACGCCGCUGUACGGGCAGCCUUCCUGGUGGGGAGAGGAAGAUUGCGGGAGUCGGGCGGACGCUGGGGACCGACCUCAGAAAGAAGAGCCUGACAAAGACGGCCCUCGUCCAGAGGCGGCGAGGGAAGUUGGGGAUUUGCCCGAAUGCCUUUCCGGGAAGAGCGUAUCGCCGUCGUACCGGCGCGAGGCCAGCUACUUCGAGAUUCCCACCAAGGACUCGCGACUCCCCAAAGCCGUGGAGGCGGAGCUCCAACAGAUCCCCACCAAGGACACGAGCAGCCUUGGCCCCGACGAGACUCCGCUCGCGAUCCAGAGCCACGCCUCCUUCACCAUCGAGUUUGAUGACCUCACGCCGGGAAAGAUGAAAAUCAAAGACCACGUGACCAAGUUCUCCUCCCGCCACAGGAAGACUCCGCCCCCGGCCAAGAUCGCCCCCGCGGACGCGAUCUCAUCCCAGAGCAAAGUGGCCGAUUGGCUGGUUCGCAGCGACGCCGGCGCCAUGAGGACGCGACCCGCCUGCGACGACGUUUACAGCACCAAGAGCGACCUCGCCGUCAACAUCAAAUCGCUGAAAGGUCAUCACCAUGACGACGGAACGCAGAGCGACUCCGAGGACCCGGCGCUCAAAGGACGGGCGAGCGCAUCCCGGCGUUCCCCGACCCGGGUUCGGCCCGAGCCCGUGUCCCCGGAGCCCCCCGGGACCCGGUCCUCCGUCGCCGACCCGUGCGAGCGGGGUCCCCCCGAGCGCCUGAGCCAGCAGGCCUUCGUCAUCGAGUUCUUCGAUGACAACCCGCGCAAGAAGCGCUCGCAGUCCUUCACUCACAACCCCGCCCACCCCGACCCGUACUCCGGACUCAAGGCCAAGCUGGAGCGCCGCAAAGGCGGCGAGCGUCCGGCGUCCGUUCACGGCCACGUGGGCCCCGCCCAGCAGGCGACGGCGCCGCUCAAAGGUCCCGGUGGCCGCGGGGCCCCCCAGCGGUCCAGUUCUCUGAAGCGGGAGCAGGCGGACGCCGAGACCUCUCGCUCGUCCUCGGCGAUCUUUGUUCGUCCUUUCGGCAGCGUGGGCAAGAAGUCCAAACUGGCUCAAGACUUUGCUCGGGAGUUUGCCGCGGAAUCGCCGAAGGAUUCUCGUCCGGACUCCUCGUCCGGCGGGGAGCAAAUGACGCCGCCGCCCAUGUCGGCGCCGCCGGUGAUGGUGUCGGCCCCUUCGCCGGCGGAACCUUCGGCCCCGCCCGCGACGGCUCCGCCCCCUGCCGUCGGAGCCGCUCCGCCUCCGCCGCCCCUGAGUUUUCCCGGAGCAGACAGCAGAGGGUGCCAGAGGCCGCCUCGGAACGAGGAGGACGACAGCGUGAGCGAGGCCGGCACCUACACCAUCGACACCGACGCCCACAACCAGGAAGUGGAAGACGCUCGCAACAUGAUCGACCAGGUGUUUGGCGUCCUGGACUCUCCGGAGUACGCCGAGCCCGGCCCGGGAACGCCGAGGCCCGUCAUCGACGAAGGCCAGGUUGAGCGCGCCGACGGCGCCGGCUGUUGCGUGAUUCUGCAGGACUUUGGCCUGGCUGCCGGCGGCCCCGCAGCGAGCCCCUUCCAGGCUCCAGGAGGCCCAAAGUGGGUUUCUCGUUGGGCCGGUCUAGCGGACAGCUGUGCUGCGCCUCGAGAAGGCUCGCCGGCGCCGGCGCGGCCGAGCGAAGGCGACGGCGACGAGCCCUCGGAGUCCGAGUCCGGCCGCGGCCGCAGGACCAGGAGGCUUCUGCCUCGGGUUCCCCCUGAAAAGGGGGACGGCGGCCUCCCGGGACGCCGCGACUCUUCCCAAGAGCGGGAGCGUGCCGACGCGGCCCCCCCGUCUCCCGGACCCCGACGGGACUCCGCCCGGUGCCUGUCCCUGCGGGACCAAGUGGAUCCAGACAGUCUGAGUGACGCCAGCCGCUCCGAGGACGGAGCCGCUUCGAGGCGAGCGAAGAGCCGUCAGGCCCCUUUGAGCUCUCCGGCGCAGAAAGCCGCCGCCUCCUCGUCCUCGUCGUCGUCCUCGUCCGCAAAACGCAGCCUCUUCUACAUCGGCUCGGACGAAAACGGGGCCCAGCCCGACCCGGCCGGAUUCUCAGCUCACUUUCAGAGGAGUCCGGACCCCCCCGCCAAAACCCCCCCGACCACCGUCCUGAUCCGCCACCUGGGCGGUCACGAACCGCGACGGGGAGGCGUGAAACCAAACAGCUCGGCGCCCGACCUGCCCACGCAGGGCGCGGAUCGUGUCCCCACCAGAGACGUCCCCCCGUCCCUCGUCCGCCGCGAGAGUUUCACCAAAGCGGCGCCCGCUGAGAAUGUCCCGCUCAAGAGGCUGCCCCACAUUUCCAGUCAGCCGUCCAUCAGAGACUCGGAGGGGAGGACGGAGCGCUUCCCGGACGCCGAGUCCUCCCCCCGGGAGGCCGGCGGCUUCCCGUCUCCCGGCUCGCACAAAGGCGGCUCGUCCGGCCGCGUCGACGAUUCGCUUUCGGGAGAGUCCGACUUGGACACGGCGAGCACCGCCAGCCAGCUGAGCGGCAAAAGGACGCCCGCGGCUUCGGCCGUCGACGGCGGUCUUCUCCGCGAGGAGAAGACCCCCUCGGCCCGGCCCAAGGGCCGCCAGCCCUCGGCUCGCGAGCGACUUUCGGAGAAACGGCGCAGCCAGCCGCCCGCCGAUAAGGCGGAGGCCGCCAAGCGCUUUCAGAUGCGCCGCAGCGCCGGCGCCCGCGGCUCUUUGGAUCUUCCCCCCGAGGGCCGGCAGACGUCCGCAACGGCCCCGUGCGACCAAGAGGCCUCCCGGGCGUCCGGCCGCGCUAAAAAGGCGGCGGCCUCGCUCCAAAAAGAGGACGGCGCCAAGGCGGCGCACGCGCAGCUUCUGACUCGCUCCAACAGCUUGUCGGCGCCGCGUCCCACUCGGGCGUCCAUGUUGCGUCGGGCGCGGCUGGGAGAAGCCUCGGACAACGAGGGCGCCGAGACCGACCGGGCCUCCCAAAGCUCCGACCACGCCGCCCCGGCGCCGGAAGCCAAGAAACUGUCCAGGCUGGACAUCUUGGCGCUGCCGCGGAAGAGGACGGCUUCUUUUACGGGCGACGGCGAGACCCCGCCCUCCGCCGGCCGCUCGGCUUUCUCCGCUCGCAACGUCGACUCGCUGUCGGGCGCCAGGAAGUCCUCGGUGAGCGACACCCGACAGGCCGCCCGCAGGGCGGGAGGAGGCGCGGGGAAAAAGCCGCCGAGCCGCACCCGCUCCACCGGAGCCAAGUACCCCAACGGCGGUGUCCGUCCCCAGCGCAAAAACUCGGACUUCUCUUCUUCAUCCGACGAAGACUACAAAACCAGCGCCGACGCGACGAAAGCCAAACGCUGCGCCCAGAGCCCCCGGGGCCGCGAGACGCCCGGCGGCCGCUCCGAGUCGCUUUCCCUGGAGACGGAGGAGGACGACGACCGGAGCGACCCGUACCAGAACUGGUCCACGCACAGCGCCGAGAUCGCCAAGCUCAGUCACGACUUGGCCAAAGACUUGGCCAUCCUGGCCAAGGAAAUCCACGACGUCGCCGGCGACGGCGACUGCCCCGCCGCCGCCGCGCCGGACGCGUCGGCCUCGGCGGCGUUUGCCAGGCAGGAGGACGCGCGGCCGCUGAGUCCGCUGCGCCAUCUGUCGCGCGCCAUCCGGGACAACACGGAGCAGCUGGCCGGCAAACUCAAGCUGAUGUUCCGCAACAGAGAGGACGUGUGGGAGGAGAUCGACAAGCAGACCAAAGCGGACGCUGAACUUUCGCUCCUGAAGACGUCCGAUCAGGAGAUCUCGUCCAUCGUCGCGGAACUCGCGAGAGUCCAAAGGCAGCUGCAAGUCAUCAACUGGGCGGUGGAUCCCGCCGGGAGCCUUCAGGCCGCUGCCCAAAGUCCCCCGACCAUCUCCGUGGAAAAGAAAGGCGCUGGCGGCAAACAAAACGGCGUCGCUCAGAAAACGCGGCGUCACGCGCUGUGAAAAGGCGUUCACGCCGCCGCCGCCUUCCUAAUCUUGUGCGCUCGGUCGUCGUCCAGGAAGCCUGCGAUGAGCAUCCUCCGUGCUCGGGCGCCCCCUUGUGCGCGAACGGGAAAGUGCGCCGACUGUCUGUUGCGGUGGCCGGCUAUUUCUUUCGAGUCACCCAAGCGGGACCGCGCGCUUUCGUUACGCCCCCCCGCCGUCAUUUUGUGUCGAUGUUGUCGCCGUCACUUGGUCGCUCUGGGGCGCGUUUGAAGCCAAGCCGCGCCCCCCCACCCGCCCACCGCUCGGCUCGCGUGAUGUGCCGCUUGAAUGCUAUGACGUCAGAAUGACAUAAAAAUGUACUUCCGUGUCAUUUCUUCGAAUGAGAAAUAAAUGACGCGUGCAAGGUCUUCUUGAAAACAAAGUUGUCGCCUUUGACGUUCGCAUCAUCGGCCCAAGAUCAGAAGUUGAAGGAGGCAACCGGACGACUCGUUUCUUGAAUUUGUUGGGGCGGGGCCUCGGGGUAUAAUGUGGAAAUUACAAUCGAAACAAAAAGCAGUGCUUGCUCUUCUUCAUAUUCGCUACAA